GCGGGACAGAGUGUGUGUGUCUGCGUGUUGAUCUUUGUGUGUUUGUCUUUAUGUAUUUAGGUGUGAGUGUGUUUGUCUUUGUUUAUCUUUGCGUGCGUGAGUUUGUGUUUGUGUUUGUGUGUGUUUGUCUUUGUGUAUUUGUUAGGAUGCGUGUUUGUCUUUGUGUAUUUAGGUGUGAGUGUGUGUGUCUGUGUUUAUCUUUGUUUGUGAGUGCGUGUGUGGCUGUGUUUGUCUUUGUAUGUUUGUCUUUGUAUAUUUGUGUGUAUGUGUGUUAAAAUUUGUGUGAGUGUGUGAGUUUGUCUUUGUGUCGUUGUGUCUUUGUUUGCGUGUGUGUUUUGUCUUUGUACGUUUGUGUGUGUCGUGCAUCAUUUUGAAUAAUCUUUAUUAUUAAGAGGAAAACUCUUCUCAGAAUUCAAAGAUCUCAGAAGAUCCGGACUUUGGCCAAAGCUCUGAGUCCCGCGUUCCUGAGGUUCGGUGGAACCAGACAGGACUUCAUGGUUUUCACUCCUGAGAGGAAACAUCUGCCAUCAUCAGCUCCGUCCUGUGAUGAAGGGACGCUGCCGUCCUGGCUGGAGGACAAACUGAAGGUGGAGUGGACGAAGCAGCAGCUGGUCCUGAUGAGAGAAGACGCUCAGAGGAAGUACAGGAGCGUGAAGUUCACAGAGUCGACCGUGGACCUGCUGAACUCCUUCUCCAACUGCUCGGGGAUGGAUCUGAUCUUCGGGCUGAACGCUCUCCUCAGAACAGACGACAACAGCUGGAACAGCAGCAACGCCCGCUCCCUGCUGCGGUACUGUGAGUCCCGAGGCUACCACAUGUCCUGGGAACUGGGGAACGAACCAAACAGCUUCGAGAAGAAGGCCGGGAUCCGAGUGGACGGACAUCAGCUGGGACAGGACUUCCACCGUCUCCGAGACAUGAUGUCAGAGUCCAAAUUGUACCACGGCGCCGGACUGUACGGGCCGGACGUGGGCCAGCCGCGAGGCCACAGGAUCGACCUACUGGAGGGGUUCCUGCCGAGCGGAGCGGACGCCGUGGACGCCUGCACCUGGCACCAUUACUAUGUGAACGGCAGAGACACGUCCCUGGAGGACUUUCUGGAUCCAGAGAUUCUCGACACGCUGAAGUUAAAGACCAAAGAAGUUCUGCAGAAAGUACAGAUGGCGUCCCCGGGGAAGGGGGUGUGGCUCGGAGAGACGAGCUCGGCGUACGGGGGAGGAGCCGUCGGUCUGUCCGACGCCUUCGCUGCAGGAUUCAUGUGGCUGGACAAACUGGGCCUGGCAGCCACACUCGGCAUGGACGUGGUGAUGAGGCAGGUGCUGAUUGGUUCAGGAAGCUACCACCUGGUCGACAACAACCUGGACCCACUUCCUGACUACUGGUUGUCUCUUCUCUACAAGAGACUCGUGGGACCGGAGGUUCUGAAGAUCGAGGCGGUGGCUGCUGUCGGCCGCAGCAGGAGAGUGAGAGUGUAUCUGCACUGCUCCAACACAAAGAGCUACAGCAGAGGAGCGCUCACGAUGAUGUCCAUGAACCUGAGUGGGAAACCAGCCCGGAUCUCCACUCCGGCUCUCGGCUCCCCCGGCACAGUGGAGGCGUUUGUCCUGCAGGCCGAGGGGCCCGGGGAGGAGGGGCUCUACUCCAGGUCUGUGAAGCUGAACGGGGACGUGCUGAAGAUGGUGGACGAUAGAACCCUCCCCGACCUUAAAGGAAGGCGUCUUCCUCCAGCCGACCACCUGCAGCUUCCUGCCUACUCUCUGGCCUUCUUCGUGUUCCCAGACGCUCGAGCCGCCGCCUGUCUCGACCCCGGACGCCUCCGAGGACGCCGCGGACACGGAGACGUCUUCAGAUAGAACUCAGAUCAUCCUCUCCGGACUAAACAGACUCCAGCUCAGGUGACCACGAUGAAACGAAGAAUUACUUUCACAUCCCGGUGGCUGUGUUUCUAAGUUUCUAAUAAAAACAUGGUAGUGACUCGUGUGAACGGAGCCACCGUCUUUGAUCCUAGAAUCACAGGUGAAGAUAAAGAUGGACCACAUGACUUUGAGAAGUGAAUUCCAGAUCAAGGUUUCCUUCAGUUUUUAUUUAAUUUUCAUCACAAACGCUCGAAGCUCUAACGCAUCACAACCAAACUCCUCCUUCCUCCUGCUCCUCGCCGGGUGUGAUGAUGUAACACAGAGAUUUGUAAUCCAGGUUUCCUGACGCGUCAAAACAUCUGCUUCACCUGAACCGACACAUGAUGACACACAGGUUGUGGGAAUGUCAUUUAACUUAAUCGUUAUAAUAUAAAGUGAUGAAAUCCUCUGAUCUUCUCAGACUCAACAUGACGUCAUCAGAAACCUUCUUCACCUCCUCAGAUGAAAACAUGUCGGCCCGUGUCAUCAAUAUAACAGUAAAACACAGCUUUCAUGUAUGUUUAAAUAAGAUUUAUUUCACAUGUUUUGCAGAAGGAACAACUAAUAAAGAGCUGAUUUACAUAUCAUCUUUCAGUAAAAACUUUUUAAAAUACAGAAAAUGAAAAAUAUCAUCUGUCAAAUUAGAUUUCACACAUUUUCAACAAAACACAAUAAAAUAUUACAACCUCU